AUGGGAAGUGCUAUUUCAAAUAUACAAAAAUCCUUUUCUGCAGAACAAUUAAAGUUGUCCAUAUCCGAUUUAACAGACAGCAUACAAGAGCAAAACUUUAGUUACCUCUUCCUAAAAGAGGAACGUGGUAAAAAAACUAUUAAAAGGCAAAAAAGUUCAUCAGAAAUUAUAAAGGAAGUUAUGGAAAUGUUAAGUGUUCGUGCAGAAUUAGAAAAGAUAAAUAAGGAAAAAGAACGACAAAGAAAAAUAGCAGAAGAAGAAAUAAAGAAACAAGCACGACUCAAAAAAGCGGCGAAAUUAGCUGAAUCAAAGAAAGAAUUGGAAACACAAACAGAAAGCUUAUCAGUAAAAAUAAAUGACGUUGAAAAAAAAGAUGAAGUUGAUUUAAAAGAUAGUAAAAGAGAAAAGAGUGGGGUAAAAUCUCAAAGCAUUAAGCCUGAAAUAAAAGCCAGACAGUCUAAAUCAGAUAAAGAAUCAUUAAAGUCAAAUAAAAAGGACGAAAUAAAAAAGGAAAAGGAAGAUCGUGCUACGUUGGAGAAAAAUAAAAAAAUGAAAGAGAAAGAGGAAAAAGAAGAGCGUCUUAAAAUGGAAAAAGAAAGAAAAAUAAAAGAGAAGGCUGAAAAGGAGGAGCGUUUAAAAAUGGAACAAGAGAAAAAAUUGAAAGAAAAGGAGGAAAAAGAGAGAAUCAAAAAAGAAAAACAAGAGCAAAUGCAAAAGGAAAAAGAGGAACGCCGUAAACAAAGGGAAGAUCAAGACAAUACUUCAAAAUUGAAAGAACCUAAAAUGGAGCCAAAGUCGAACGUAGCUUCAGAUAAAAUACCUAUAAACAAACAAGAUACAAUAAGGGAUGUAGAAUUGAAAUUAAAAUAUAAACAAGUAGAAGAAAAUACGCACUUGAAGUCACUUGCAGAUGAAAAACAAAAGGAAGAGGCAUUUGCAAAAAUGGCUCUUGCCAAAACGGAAAGAAAUAUAAAUAAAUCCAAAGAAGAACCGACUGUGCAAGAAUCCUCUAAACCAAAAGAACAGCCCACGAUAAAAGAACUGAACAUUAAUAAAGUAAAACUUAGAAAAGGUUCGUCUGAUGAUUUAAUACUACAACUAGUUAAAAUAAAACAAGCUGAAGAAAAGAAGCAGAAAACAAAACCAGUGCGUUUGUCGGAAUUAAAUGUAUCUUCUUGUACAAUGAAAUCUCAUCUCAAACAUAAAUUAAGACGUGGGGUGGAGUGCACGAUUUGCGAAGAUUCUGAGCUAGAACUCGAUGUAGAUAACGUUUUAUAUAACCAAAAUAGAGAGAAAGAACCUAAUAGUAUCAUUAUAGGUGACAGAAUUCUCAAAAGUAGGAUUCCAAACAUUGAGAAACCUGUGAAGGGUAAUCUGUUUGAGCCCCUAUUAUUUAAAUCUGGGGUUCAUAUUCAAUUUUAUUUCGAAAGAAUGUCGAAAACUAAAAAAGCCGAUACGACUACAAAGACGGAGCAAGAAGUAGCCAAAGGUGUUAUCCGUUAUGCUUUGUCAGAUCGUUCGUUUAUUGAUAAAGGUUGGACUAUGCUACCCACUGAAAAAGUUGUGCGAAAAAUGAACGUCUACCGUAUGAGGCCCGCACAUCCUGAAUUUGAUUGGUUCGAACAUAAUAAAAAUAAAAAGAUAAUGUUAUAUGACACCGAAGAGAAACUAGCAGAAUUUGAUGACAACGGGAAGGGUCGCUGGUUUUAUAGAAACGGAAGAAAAGCUCUCGAUUAUUAUGAUGCUGAAGAAAUAAAUGCCCAGCAAAGGUUUGUUAUAUACAGUAAUGGGGAACCUGAUGAAAGAGGUCGUGCACGACCCUAUACAAUUCUGGCUACCUUUGAUUAUUUAGGAAACGGAAUUGUUUUUGAUCACAGUGGAAAAAUAAGGCUUAAAUAUAACCAGACUGAAGGGGUUGUCCUUGAUAGAAAUAUAGGUCCCGUGUCUCAUUGGAAAUGGCACACAUUAAACGAUCCCCCAGUACUACAGCAAGUUAUGAUUGACACUCAAAUGGCACAUAAAGACCCUGACAUAUUGAAACUUGGUGGGCAUGGUGAUGAAAAACCGAGAAAUGAUAACGAAGAAAUGCUCGCAAUUGAAUUUGACAAUUUUAUUAAAGAAAAAAGUAAAAAGUUAACUCAAAAGUUCAAGCCUUUUCAAAUUAAAAUGAAAGCACUUAAAAUAAAUGAACAUUUUUCAUUGAAGGUUCUUGAUCAGGCCACAGUGUACUUGAUAUUUAGAGAUGGAUCUGCUAAUUUAAAAUUGAAUAUAGGAAUGAUCCUAGAUCACAAGGAAAUUGUCGAUACAGAUACGGCUGAAGUUGGAGAAGUUUCUAAUAGCUUAGAACGUUUUCCGGCACGAACAGAUAGUUUAGCGGGCUUGCAACAAAGCGUAGCAUACGCCCAACGAAUCGAACGGGCUAGACUAGAAAGGGAGCGUCGAUUGCGACCUAGUCAAUCAUGCGCAAGUGCUGAUAAACUUACAGCUGGUGCAUCAAGACCUUUACGAAUUCCCUUUCGUACGGCUUCAUCAAGUACAUCUACGAAUACGACUGGAUGUUGUUGUCGAUGUAGAAAGCCUUCGACGAAAAAUAUUUAUUAUGACACUCGAUUAAUUUAAUAAAGCAUAUAAAAU